AUGUGUGCUGCAUCAUUUUCUUUUCCGGCUAAACCUUCUGUAAAAGGUGGCAAUGGCAAUUUCUUGCCCUACAGAUACAGAAAAGGAACCGUAAGAGCAGAAGUGCUGAUAGCUGAUCGCAAGAGGGGUGAACGCAUCCUUCCAGAACUGACAAUUCAAGGAAUUCCUCACAGUGAUCACCAUAUACAUGAGAUUGUCCGGAGGCAAUCGCAAACAAGUAGCUUUUCAAGAAAGGAUGCUCUCAGAAGACCUCAGUUCCACCCUAUGUUUCUUGAAGAAGCAUAUGAACGAUGCAAGAAAAUCUGCGCAGAAUACGCCAAAACAUUCUAUUUAGGGACAAGACUAAUGACAGAGGAGAGACAGAAAGCAAUAUGGGCUAUCUAUGUCUGGUGCAGGAGGACAGAUGAUCUGGUUGAUGGCCCCAAUGCUGUCUACUUAAGCUCUGAGGCUCUUGAUAGAUGGGAAGAGAGAACAGAAGACAUCUUCAAUGGACGCCCCUAUGAUAUGCUGGAUGCUGCACUUACUGAUACUGUAUACAAGUUCCCUUUGGACAUCAAGCCUUUGAAGGACAUGAUAGAGGGAAUGAGACUGGACACAUGGAAAAGUCGGUAUGCAAAUUUUGAGGAGCUCUACCAGUAUUGCUACUGUGUAGCUGGGACUGUUGGUCUAAUGAGUGUCCCAGUAAUGGGGAUUGCACCAGAAUCCCAUUUAUCUUCUCAAAGCAUCUAUGAUGCAGCACUUUCUUUGGGCAUAGGCAAUCAACUGACAAACAUACUCAGAGAUGUUGGAGAAGAUGCUCAGAGAGGGAGAGUUUAUCUUCCGCAAGACGAACUCGCACAGUUUGGAUUAUGUGAUGAUGAUAUCUUCUCAAGAAAGGUCACAGAUGGAUGGAGAGAGUUCAUGAAAAAACAGAUUCGACGCGCAAGGUUCUACUUCAAUCAGGCUGAGGAAGGAGCUUCACAGCUUGACAAGGCUAGCCGUUGGCCGGUCUGGUCAUGCUUGAUAAUAUACCGCAAGAUCUUGGAUGCAAUAGAGGAAAAUGCUUAUGAUAAUUUGACAAAGAGAGCUUAUGUAGGGAAGGCUAAGAAGCUUCUGACAUUACCUCAAGCUUAUACUAGAGCUCUAUCAAUGUCCAAUUUGGCCUUCCAAUCAAAUCUUUCAUGUGAAAAACACAUAACUGGAGGUCAAUAA